AUAAAACAUAAUCGACGGAGAAAGGUAUGCUCUAGUUGUUGUUCUAGACUAGAGAGAGUAGAGGGACUGGAGACUGGAGAGGGUGGAUACCGCUUUAUCCCCCGCUCUACUCAACACAAACUCUCUGCAACACGAAUAAACACGCAGAGGCAGAGAACUCGCUCGAUAGGGGCAAGGUUAAAGAACCCAAGUUCUCUCGCGAAUGCAUUCCUAACAUCCAUUCCCGCCACUUCAUGGGUUCCGCAUCAACCAUCUAUUUCUCUUCCGCUCAUCCUAAGGUUGCGUUCCACCCCUACUCUCGCAGACACCAACUGCAGAAUGGACUGUUAGGCACCACAUCCUUGGGCUAUCAUGCGCAUCUAGUGUUAUUUCCUACCACACUGCCGGUUGUAAGGAGGCGAAGCUUGACUCCGAGGGCUGUUUCUCGAAGUGAUGGAGCUUCAACCCGGGCUACUGGAGGUCGGAGGGUGUAUAAGCAAUCCCAAGCCGUAAGGCCUUUGCCCCGUGUUCCCGCUAAGGAGCUCGUCGCGGCUGUUGCACCUGCCGGCGUGUUUGUUGCUGUUACAUUUGUUUUAUGGAAGCUUGUGGAAAAGUUGCUCUUGCCAAAACCAGGAAAACCUUUAGGGGAGAACAUAUCUUCCUCACCAAGAAUAGGAUGGUCAUUUGCUGCUGGCACAAAUUUGUCACCAGAUGCUAGUUACAAGAUCGAAAGAGAAUCCAGACAGAAAUUGAAUGAAUUUGCCAAAGAACUUAGGACAUACAGAAGUGUUGACAUGUCAGGUUGCAACUUUGGGGAUGAGGGACUUUUCUUUCUUGCUGAGAGCUUAGGCUACAAUCAGGCUGUAGAGGAAGUUGAUUUCUCUGCUAAUGGAAUAACUGAAGCUGGAGUGAAAGCAUUUGAUGGUGUUCUUCAGUCAAAUAUUGUCUUGAAGACUCUCAAUCUUUCGGGAAACCUUAUUGGAGAUGAAGGAGCUAAGUGUCUGAGUGAUAUCUUGGCGGGGAAUGGAAGUAUUGAAAAGCUCCAGCUGAACAGUAUUGGUUUAGGAGAUGAGGGAGCCAAGGCUCUUGCAGAGAUGUUAAAAAGAAAUUCAAGCCUACAUGUUCUUGAACUUAACAACAAUAUGAUAAAUUAUUCUGGAUUUAUGAGUCUUGCUGGAGCACUUUUAGAGAAUAAUACAAUUCGGUCAAUACAUCUUAAUGGCAACUAUGGUGGCGCUCUUGGGGUCGCUGCUCUAGCUAAAGGGAUUGAAGGGAAUAAGUCUUUGAGGGAACUUCAUUUGAAUGGAAAUUCUAUUGGUAAUGAGGGUGUCCGGGCUUUGAUGUUAAGCUUAUCAACACACAAAGGGAAACUUACACUUCUGGACAUUAGCAACAAUGAAAUUGGUCCAAAAGGUGCCUACCACAUAGCUGAAUUUAUCAAGAAAAGCAAGAGCUUGUUAUGGUUGAAUCUUUACAUGAAUGACAUUGGUGAUGAGGGAGCUGAAAAAAUUGCAGAUGCUUUGAAGCAGAACCGCUCAAUUACAACCAUAGACUUGGGGGGGAACAACAUUCAUGCUAAGGGGGCUAGUGACAUUGCUCAAGUUUUGAAAGAUAAUUCUGUCAUUACAACUUUGGAACUUGGCUACAAUCCCAUUGGACCAGAUGGAGCAAAGGCUUUAUCUGAAGUUCUUAAGUUUCACGGAAAGAUAGAAACCCUCAAGCUUGGUUGGUGUCAGAUAGGGGCAAAAGGCGCAGAAUUCAUAGCAGAUGCUUUGAAAUACAAUACAACCUUAUCAACUCUGGACUUGCGGGCAAAUGGGAUUGGAGACGAUGGUGCUAUUGGUCUAGCUCGCAGCUUGAAAGUGGUUAAUGAAGCUUUAACUUCUCUUGACCUAGGGUUUAAUGAAAUAAGGGAUAAUGGGGCAUUUGCUAUUGCUCAAGCACUGAAGGCUAAUGGAGAUGUGGCAAUUGCAUCCUUGAACCUCGCCAAUAACUUCCUUACAAAAUUUGGGAAGAGUGCCUUGACAGAUGCAAGAGACCAUGUGUAUGAGAUGAGUGAAAAGGAGGUCAACAUUUUUUUCUAGAUGACUUCACAGGUAGAUCCCUUCUUUUUUCUUUUUUGUGUAAAUACUUCAUGAUGAUGUCCGUCAUGUCAGAGGCCAUUUUUUCCAGUUGAUUCAUGUUGCGGAAAGUGCUAAAGUGCUAAGAGCUCCAUUCUCUUGGUUUAAACUCGAGUUGAGUUUCUAAUCACAGGAGAAAGAUUGGGAAGUUUUGACAGUGGAAUGUAGCAGAAAUCCAUCCUUUUCUGAUGAGAAAUAUGAUAUCCCCUAUUAUUCAUGCGAGGGAAAUAAAGUACUGCAUUUUUAAGUGUUCA